AUGGUAAAUCAAGACGCUAAUGAGGAUGAGGAAUGGUUGGCAAAUCAAGAAGCUAUUGGAACAAAUACAGCAACCUUUUUCUCAAAAUUGUAUACUUUUGAGGAUCAUACAGUUGGGGGUGAACUAUUAUCUUUUAUUCCUAAGUUGAUCACUCGAAAAGAAAAUCUAAAGUUAUUGGCCUUUCCAUUGAUGGAGGAGCUGAAAAGUGUGGUGUUUUCAAUGUCUUCUGAUAGUAUGCCUAGCCAUGAUGGUUUCUCUGGAAGUGGAGUAGAUUUCUGGUGUGACAAUUGGAUUGGUACUGGACCUCUUAUUCUUAGAGCCAUAUCUGUUCCUUCUUCUUUUCCCAAGCUUAAUGAGGUUCUUAGGGGAGAGAGCUGGGACUUGGAUUCUGUCAAUUAUGCUUUAGAUGAUCAGCUAAGGUCUGAAAUUUUAAGUUCUGAGAAGGCACCUCCUAGGGAAAAGCUCCAUAUGUGGAGGAUGUGGAAGCAAGCCAUUACAUUGGAUGAUAAUGUUUCAAAGUUCGGUGUUGCUAUGUUAGUGGGGAAAAAGAUGGCGUCAAAUCUGGGAUUUGUGUUGAUUAGUGAAGCACCAUUGGUUAGAUUGAAUCACCUAAUGAGGACUUAUCAGAUGGGUUCAUUGCAGCACCAGCUUACGGACACGGUGAUACGACAAAAUCCCAAAAUAUAG